AUGCUCGUCACUACGACCGUUGCGUUUCUCGCCCGCCCCGAGGUGCUUGGCGCUGCAGCCAUCCUCGCAAUCGCCUACUUCUUGCUGCCGUGGGCCAUCAACUACGUGCAGCUGCAGCGGCUGAAGAAACCCGCCGUCGAUGUGCCAGUGCUCAACCUGAAGGGGAAAAGCUUCGAUGAGGCUGCGGAAUACUACUUGUACCACUUCAAGGAGAUUCUGCAGCAGGGCUAUGACCGUUUCAAGACCGUGUACAAGAAAGGGGCGUUCCAAGUCUGGGGCAUCGACGGUUAUAUCGUCAUUGUGUCGCCGCAAUACUUGGAAGAGCUAAACGCCCUGGGCACCGAUACGCUCGAUUUCCACUCUGCGAGCCAGAAGCGCAUCAUUGGCGAAUACGAAUGGCUGCGUAUUGCCGAUGAGCUCGAAGCGCACACCAUCCUGACUGACCUCACGAGGAACAUUGGCAACCUCCUGCCCAACAUCCACAAAGAGAUCGAGCAUGCGCUCGCCACAGAAUGGCCCGACUGCCCAGAAUGGAGGCCCGUCAAGGUGUGGCCGAGCAUGUUCCGCACCAUGGCGCUGGUCAUCUCGCUCAUGAUCGUGGGCCCGGAGCUGAGUCGUGACGAGUACUGGCUCAGCACCAUGAUCAACUUUGUGGAAGACGUCUUCGUCGGCGGCUGGCAGCUCAAGAAGUACUCCCUCUUCAUGCGGCCCAUCGUAGCCCGCGGCCUGGUCCCGGGCAUCCGCAGUGUCUGGCGGCACCAGGAGAACGCUCGUCGGCUGAUCGUGCCCAUGAUUGAGCGCCGGCGCGCCGAGAAAGCCCGCGCCGAGGCCGCUGGUGAGGACUACGUCAAGCCGCAAGACAUGGUGUAUUGGCUGGCCGAAGGUGCGGCCAAGACCAACCCGCCCCGCAGCGACGCCAACGUGGCCGAGCUGUGUCUGAUGAUGAACUUUGCCGCCCUGCACGCGGCCACCGUCACGCUCACCAACAUUGUGUUCGACCUGGCCGCGCGGCCCGAGUACAUCGCGCCGCUGCGGGAAGAAUACGCCGCGGCUAAGGCCAAAUACGGCGGCGGCCUCACGGAAAAGCAAGCGAUUCUCGUCAACAGCCUGAGCCGGCUGGACUCGUUCAUGAAGGAGUCGCAGCGGAUGAACCCGGGGACGUUGACAACGUUCUCGCGCCUGGUCCGCCGCGACAUCCAUCUUUCGUCCGGACUGCACCUUCCCGCGGGCACGCACAUCUUGGUCCCGGCCGCCAUGAUCUCGCUAGACGGCGAUGUUUACGAGGACCCGCUGCAGUUCCGCGGGUUCCGUUUCCACGAGCAGCGCGCCGCAGCCGAGGACACGAUGUACGCCAAACAGUUCACCACGACGUCGCCGCAGCAGAUGCACUUUGGCUACGGCAGACAGGCAUGUCCGGGGCGGUUCUUUGCGAGCGCGGUCAUCAAGUGCAUCACGAUGCAUCUGCUGGAGGAGUUUGAUCUCAAGCUGGUCGAUCCCAAGGCUGGGCGGCCGCAGAAUGCGAUUAAGGGCGCGAUGAACAUUCCCAGUGAGACGGCGGAGAUCAUGAUGGUGAGGAGGCAGUAA